AUGUUGAAGUUUAAAUUAACUUGUCUCUUCCUCGUGGCAAUAAUGACCAUCUAUGAAGGUACAGCACAAGACUCCGCGGGUGGACCCGAAGAUGCACAUCACCGUAUACGUUGUAAAAAAGAAGCUACAGCACAAGACUCCGCGGAUGGACCUGAAGAUGAAGGUAAUCGCAAACGUCGUGUCAAAGAGUCUGAUUCCGAGACCCGUAUCAUCGGAGGUGAGAAGGCGGCAGACGGAGAAUUCCCCCAUCAGGUAUCGCUGAGGAUAAAAGACAAUAGAAACGUCUGGCAACAUUUCUGUGGAGGUUCUAUUAUAGCAAAGAGAUGGAUUUUGACAGCAGCACAUUGUACAGAACCUUUUAAACAGUAUAUGAAUAGAAUGAGAGUAGUGGUGGGCACAAAUAAAUUAGACAGUGGUGGUGACCAAUAUGAAUUCGAAAAGAUUAUUAAUCACGAGAAAUACAAUAAUAAAGCCUUUACAUUUGAUAUCGGAGUUAUAAAGCUUAAGAAGGAUAUUAAAUUUGGCGAGAAAGUCGGAAACAUUUCUCUGGCAAGCUCAAACACACCGGGUGGAGCUGAGUUGGUUACUUCAGGAUGGGGUUACACUACCAACGGCGGAAAUAAUCGAAAACCGCCCAAUGAUUUGCAAAAGCUCACAGUGAAAUCACUUUCCGUGUCGGAAUGUCAGCAGGAUAAGAAUUUAGGAAGAUACAAAAGAACCAAUCCAAUUUCGGAUAGACAGAUCUGCACAUUCAAGAAGGAUGGCCAAGGCAUCUGUCAGGGUGAUUCUGGUGGUCCACUGGUGCAUAAGGGAGAGGUAGUGGGAAUAACUUCGUGGAACAUUCCCUGUGGCCGCGGCCUUCCUGAUGUCUUCACAAGAGUUUUCUCUUACCUGGACUGGAUAAAGAAACACACAAGCGACUAG